UACCGUGCAGCUCUGCAGUCAGAGGCUGGAGAUGGGAGGACAGGCUAUGCUGGUAGCAUGGAUUCCUCUCCAUCAAAUAGCGGCAGCGGCUCAGUCCACAGUGGAAACCGUAAACAAAGUAUCAUUAACAUUCCCGACAGGACCGAGUCCUGUUACGAUCGCAAAGCGGACAAGGGAGGAUACGGAGCCUCGCAGGGCAGCAUGACUGUAACGUCGCUGAAAUCACGGCUCGCCCCGACCAUCCAGACUGCCAUGUCCGCUGCAGUGGACACGCUGCUCGGAGAAGUGGUGCUUGUUCUCAAUGAGACCCAGCAGGAGCUGUUGCACAAGGAGCAGGAGAAUGAAAGACUCAAAGUGCGUCUGGAGGUGUCAGAGAGGGAGCUGAAGACUCUGCAGGAGUGUCUGUGUAGCGCUCAGAAGCUCAUAGAUCAGCUGCAGAUCUCAUACACGGGCCCUCAGAGUAUUAGUCAGUCAGUUUUUGCCCCGUCUCUCUCUUCGAUGGCUUCCAUGGCCUCAGGCUUGGAGCGGGAUCACCAGAACCCCAGAAAUGUGAACGGAGCAGGUGUUGACUUGGGACUUGGUGGCUCUGUGGAGGAAUCGCUUCACGGGUUUGAACCGAGAGACGACUACAAAAUGUGCCAGCUUUCAAUCCAACCGGACGGUUCUGUGACGAACCACGCUAUGGACUCAUUUGCAUCCAAUGCGUCUCACAUGUGCUCUGAUUCCAGCAGACCAGAUGACAGGCAGUCUCAGGGACCAGGUGGAGCGUCCAGAUUUGAGAUUAAAGAGGAGCAGGGACCAGCGUCAGGCUCCGGGCAGCAGAGCAGGAAGGAUCCUGGGUUGCGUAAUGACAACAGAGUCGGGGAUGGAGACAGAUCGUCCCUCAACGUAGGGGACCUUGGCUUUGGUCAAGUCGGAGGAGAGGGGGGCUCCCAGCGUUCUUUUACUCACCCACUGCGUCACCAAAGACCUGUGCGUGAAUGCGGCAAUGCUUUGCAGCAAGGCGGACUCGAUGGGCAGAAAUCGCUGGCAAGGACUCCUGGAGCAGGGAGAGGAGACAGUGUUUCACCGGGCAGAGCAGAGGACUCAGCAGGACCAUCGGCCCCCGACACAGCAGUGGAGCCAUCUGGAGAUCGGCCUCACCACUGCUUGGAGUGCGGGAAGACCUUCCGUCUGAUCUCCAGCCUGAAGAAGCACAUCCGCAUCCACACUGGAGAGAAGCCCUACCCGUGCGGAGUCUGCGGCCGCCGCUUCCGUGAGUCAGGGGCACUUAAAACCCACCUGCGCAUACACACGGGCGAGAAGCCGUACUCUUGCUCUGAGUGUGGAAACUGCUUCCGCCACUUGGACGGUUUGCGCAAACACCGGCGCACGCACACGGGAGAGAAACCCUACGUGUGCGCCAUCUGUGGGAAGCGACUGAGCCGCCUGCAGCACCUCAAACACCACCAGCUCAUCCACACCGGAGAGAGACCCUGCUGCUGCCCCUUCUGCAACCGCAGCUUCAAAGAGCCCGCGGCGCUACGGAAACACAUCCGUACGCACCGGGAGGAAGGCGGUCACAUGGGAAUCGGCGCCAGCGACGACACGGACCCAGACGCCAUGGACGACAUUAAUAACCUCCACCCUGCUGCUCCGUCUCCUCAGAUGAGGUUCGGGGAGUGGGGGGCCGAGGAGGACGACAGCUCGGUUGUGGACUGUGUGUAGAGGACGGCUGAAGAAGCGUUGACUGCUGGUGUUUUUAUCACAAAACAUACUCGGGGGUGAAAAACAUGGAACAAGGUGUUUGUGUAGUUUGUCAACAUGGUUUUAGAAUGAAGAACCAGGCUACAUAUAACACUGGCCUUGGAGUUUAGUUUUUAUCUGACAUUAUCACAUUUUACACUCUUAGCUGUAAAAAUCACGUUUUAAAUAUCCACUGUACAUUCUUCAACAGCAAGUAUUUCUUUGUGGAGGUUUGUCAAGCAGCAGCAGCAGCAGUGUAAAGUUUGGUCUUGUCAUGUCAAGGUGCUGAUUUUCCAACUUUCUGGGAAUGAUUUUAGAAAUUGAUGGCAGAAGUAGAUACAAGUGAAAAAGUUUCUUGAACAUACAGUCAAACAUCUACUGAGUCACAGCUGCUGCUGUUUGCUCCGUCACACUUGGUCAGGACAAAACAUGAUCUUGCUCAUGAGUUUUUAGGAGCUUACAGUAAAUAUAAAUUAAUGCUGACUCAUGCUUUGUGUUGGUGACAAACCACAUACGUUGUGUUACUGGGCAACUUUGACCAAACCAAAUAUAAUAAUAUUUUGGUUCAGUUUUUUUUAAAUCUUGGUAUGAUGAUCAUAUUUAAUAGGAUGCAUGAUCGAGGAUUUUUUGAUAAGACCUUUUUCAGCUGAUUUUGGCCGAUUGCUGACACACGCACACGUUUUUUUUCCAGCUAAUUUCUGAGAACAUCAGAACCUUCCUGUAGUGGAGUUUACCUAUUAUUCUGCUUAUUGUGAGAGGCUUCUGGCAUGUGCAGACACAAAAAACAUUGCAUCACAUGUUCAUCGGAGAAAAGACGAGCACUACUUCAGCUUACAUGUGAAACAGGCCAUAUUUAUUUUUUGUAACCUUUUUUCAAAUAAAGCUACAUUUUUAACGUGACAGGUGUGAUCUGUCUGUCAGUGCCGAUAUUUAAUUUUAAGGCCCUUACCAGCUGAUACAGACGACGUGCAGAUAUCCUUGUGCUUCCCCAGUAUACACACAGGUUUACUGGCGCUUUCAAAAGUUAUUUCCAACCAAAUCUACGAAACUGAUCACGACUACAGUGUGGGCAUUCUUGUUUUACUCAGCUUUGACAGCAUAUUCUACCUUUUCAAAGACCUGCUCUGGUGACAAUCAUGUUUUUUUUUUAUUAACUUAACAUAGAUUCUAGUUUUUAGAGGUUUAACCAAUGACCAGAGAAGGACUUGAAAAAUGGAUCGCUUUCCUUUUAAGAUCAGAAAACGUGGUGAUUUUACAGCCUCCAAGAUUCCAGAUUACUUCUGUCUCCUAUCAUGACAUCAGCUCACAUACUCUCCCAGUUCUGCUGCAGUUUUCUUCCCUCACUGUGCUUCUUAUGAUAAAUGUAUUUAUGCAAACUGAACAUUUUCGUGGUCUUAUCCUGAGCCUGUAUGGAGGUGAUGCAGCACUGCAUCCUGUGAUGGAUAAAUGGUUUCUCCCAGUGAGGGGGGAUGCACCACCUUUGAGGCAUUUGAAGGAUAUCUUAAAAUGUAAUGUAAGACUUUAGCUACUUUUUUUUUUUUACACUGUUGUGUUUGUGCCUCCAUGAAGCAUGAGCCAGUCCCUUUCUGCCCUGUUCUGCUCUGCGUUAUCUCCUCUCUUCACUCUGCGGAGCCCUCAUCAGUCACCCGGUUGUAACAUUAUCAGGCUGCAGCUGUCAGUGUGGAGGAUAUCCUGGUUUGGAGAUAUCGGAUACAUGCAUUUAUUUGUUUAACCAAAACAUCGAGGAUUAUUUGAAAACACAGUCAGCUGGCAGCGUCGGCAUGUGCCCAGAUCAAGAGCUUAAACGCUGUUUUGUUGUUUCUCCAGUCUUGAUUAUCAUCUCUUGGACCAUAUCUUGGCAUUCCGUUCUUCUUUUUUUUUUUCAAGCUGCUACUGUAUGUCUAGGAAGCCUUUCUCUUUCUGGACUUGUAUAAUUGUUACCAGCCAGUUACUAGCAAACAGACUCUGGUGCUUGCAUGUGCGUAUCUUGUUCCUCCGCUGGCAGCAGUGCCGCCGGAUGUUUCUGUACAUAAGAAUGUAGUUUUAGUUAUUUGGUUUAAUAAGGGUUAACAUUUGUGGAAAAAGUUAAUGUGCAACAAUGACUUUCUAAAAAGAAAAACGUGCUUGGAAACCAUCAGUAUGCUAACAUACGAUGUAAAUAUAUAUAUAACGUAAUUACAUUUCUUGCUGACGCCACUGAUGCGUCAGGUUUAACAGCGGAGCAUUACUCUUCUCAGCCUUUCCAGCUUAGCUGUGUGUGUCCUUGGACAUGUAUACUACUAUAACGGCCUCCGUGUAACUAUGCUCUGUACAUUUACAAGUAAGUAAGUCAUUCUAAAAGACACUAAAGGUGGUAAAUAUCUGUCACUGUGCAUACCCACGAUAAUUCAGUUUGUCAGGUUAGUCUUUGCCCUCAGAUAAUCAUAUUUAUUGUUUUUUGUAUCGCACACACAGGGGGGCCUUUGCAUGUGGGUUUAAACUCAAACGGCAUUAGUCUUUAAGAAGUCAGUGUUAAAUGUGAAACGAAUUACUUUUUUUAUGCUUCUGUGUUCAAAAUAUAUUCCCCCCACAUCACACUCACCCUGUUACCAACUGUAAAUGUUACUAUAUUAAAGGGCCACGUUUAUA